UAUCCAUCUCGAGAUGGAAGAACCAGUGGUUGAAAAAUUGACAUCUUUGUGCAGUACUCCAAAGGAUUCUGGGACAGCAGCUCCACAGGGAACUAGUUCAGGGAAACAGCCAAUGAGCGCAGCUCUGAGGGACCGAUUAAGGAAAACAAGACGUUCCUUUAAAGCUAAUUUUACAGUGGCAAAGCGGCUCAAGAUAGACUCUGAAGAAAAAGACAGUGCUGAUGCUGACAAAGGGUGCUUGCCCAAGACAAUUACAAAUACAGAUUGUUCCAGAUUACAGGAUGGUUCUGAAAACGUGGAAAGAAACAGCACUGGACAUACAUGUUUCAAAAGUCCCUUACAGGAAAGUGAUCUCUGUGGAUCAGCAGAGAAUUCUCAUGUGCUCCAGUCUGACCUUAGUCAGCAGCAGUCCCUGGAUGAAAAAGUAAGGCUGGUGAAACAAGUGCAAGAAAAGGAAGAACUACUCCGAAGGCUCAAACUGGUUAAGAUGUACCGAUCUAAGAACAACCUGUCUGAACUGCAGGCUUUGAUAGUGAAAUGGAGAAGCAGUACCCAGCUGAUGCUAUAUGAACUGCAGUCGGCCUUUUCUGCAGAUGGCAAGAAAGUGAGUCUCACUCAGCUGAUAGAUACUUUUGGAUUAGAAGACCAGUUACUGCACUACAGCAGAACAGAAGAAGAUUUUGUAGAUGCAUAA